AUUUUGUUGAAGAUGAUGCUGACAAGCAAUUUGAAUCGGAUAAUUCGCAAGAAAUUGAUAGUCUGGAUGAUGAAAAAGAAAAUAGCGAUCCUAUGAUUCCCUAUAUACAAAACCCAAAAAUACACCAUGGUAGAGGUCACCCCAAAGGUACCAAAUGUUUAAAAUCGGCACAUGAAGUAUCAAAACCUACGGCAAAUCAACGUCGAUGCAAAAAGUGUGGUGGUUUGGGCCAUUACCAGAAGAAUUGCAAGCAAGUCUUACCAUUUUCGACAUUUACAAUGAUAGGAUUUGGUGCAGUGCAUUGUUUUUUUGUACUUUCAUCUUUCUUACUUACUUUUCGAGCCUUACUGGAUUGGGAACAACAUUGUGAGAACUUAAUUGAACAAACUUUUGUGGCAAAGGGAAUGUUAUAUGACAAAAUAUUGGAUAACGAAGGUAAAGCCUAUUACCAUGCUAUAAAUAAAUCAAAUUUAUUACAACAUAUGAGUUUUCAAUCAGCCGAGUUUAUUUUUUGGAGCAUUCCUCCGGAAAUGAUGUAUUAUCUAUUCAUACCAAUUAUUGUUACUGGUUAUGUUGGAAUGACUCGCAUAGGAGUCUUUUUAUCAAACCAAUUAUUUUGCAGACCAAGUGUUGGAGCAUGGGCAAGUCGAAUACUUGGCAACAUAAUAAUCUUGGGCAUACGAACAUUAAUAGCAUUAUAUCAUGAUCCAAAAAAAUCUUUACAACUUUCAGGUUCAGCUCAUUACUUUUUAACUGGAUCUAUAUGUGCAAUAUGGUAUAGAGAAAUUAUUAGACUUGGUUUAUUACCAUUGAGUUCAGAAGAAGAAAUGGCGUUAGUAAAGAGGACAAAUCAUAUUCCUAAUGAAAGCUCAGGAGAUGUAUAUAGUUAUAUUAUUAAUAAUUUACCGAGUCGUCAUUGGAUUGUUCGACGCUUCUUCGAUUGGACAUGCUAUUUUGUUUUUUUCAUAAUUCUUUGCACAAUGCCCCAUUUAUCCUCAAAAGUUUUUGGUAUGCCUAAAAAUUUAACAUUGGAAUUAAUUACUGGAGGAUCUUUGUAUUCUGCCCUGAUCCUUGCAGGCCUUUUAUCCCGUAAUGGCUCGUUCGUUAAUGCAUUUUCGUGGAAUUUACUUUGCUUUUCGGGAAAAAUUUCAUUUAGUAUAUACUUACUACAUCCAAUUGGAUUUACAAUUGUGAAUGAAUUUGCGACAAGUAUAGGAGUACAAGGGGCGGCAAAGGAGAUAGAAGCGGAAGAGAAAGUUAAUGAUAUUUUAGACGCUGUAAUGUUGACAUUUGUGGUGACGAUUAUUUUGUCAUGGUGUUUUCAUAAAGUUGUUGAAAGGCCAAUUAUGAAUUUUACAAAUUACAUUUCCAAGACAAAACUUGGGCAUAAAAAAAAUCAUAAACAGUCUCAUUUAUAUACCAUAAAAA